AUGCCUCCAUCAAUUGACUCGCCUGCACCGCCAGCUGCAGCAAAUGGAGCUCCGGACUCCGAAUCUAAACCGUCGCCACAACCCUCCCAAACCGCAGAGCCGAAGCCGCUCUCAAUACCAAUACUGCCGGAGACCAAGCCGAAGCCGCUUCCAAAAUGGCUGCAGCUGCGCAUCAAGGCCAGCACGCUCUUUAGCAGGUCAAGGCGGCUUGGGACAGGCAACGUCAUCGUGCUGCCCUUCCACAAGAUCGCCAAGCUUGACGUCCCCGCCAACGAGAUCGCCGCCAUGAGGUUUGUUCGAGCCAACACGACCAUACCUAUACCUGAGAUCCUUGAAGUCCACGACACCCAGGAAGACGGAACCUCCCACAUCGUCAUGUCACAGGUGCCAGGCGACGACCUGGAGGACGUGCUGCACAAGAUGACCGACGCCGAGGUCAAGUCCGUAGUCAAGGAGCUCGCCGGGUACCUGCAGCAGAUGCGCCGCCUCGACAGUGGCGGCGGCGGCGGCAGCAGCGGUGGCAAGAAACCCCCUCCCGUCGGCGGGGUGGCUGGCACCCGCGGCUUCGACAACCGCCUCGGCUCGAGCCACUGGGGCCCCUUCGCCACGGUCUCCGAGUUCCACAAGCACGUGCGGUUCGGGGAGCCGCUCGGGUACUGGGACCACGAGCCGGACGUCGUCGCGGUGCACGGCAAGGCCGAUGGUGCGUACGCUGUCAAGUUCAGUCAUGCGGAUAUCGCGCCGCGGAACGUCCGGGUCAAAGGCGGGAAGAUCACGGGGAUCAUCGACUGGGAGUUUGCGGGGUGGUAUCCCGAGUAUUGGGAGUACACGCGGAUGUUCUACCCUGGAGAGAGACCGUACCUCAAGAGGUGGUUUGAUGCCAUUGAGGAGGAGGCGGGUAUUGAGAAGUAUAAGCAAGAGCGGAAGGCGGAGGAGGCUAUCUGGGCGAAGGCUGGGCCUUUUGGGUAUGACUGA